AUGAGCAAGCCAGAAUCAUCUCUGGCAGUACCCAGGGACGUGCGUCUUCUCCAUCUCAUCUUCGCAACCCAGGGCGUUCUGAGCUACCAGGACCAUGUUCCUUUGCAAUUAAUGGACUUUGCACACCGGUAUACCACAUCGGUGUUGAAGGACGCUUUGGUGUAUAACGACCAUGCCAAAGGCGGUUCUGGAAAUUCGAGUGCCACCGUCAGCACAGACGAUAUUCGACUCGCAAUUGCUGCUCGUACAAACUACCAGUUUAAACCAACUCCACCAAAGGAACUUAUGUUGGAGUUGGCUCAUGAAAGAAAUUCUAAACCUCUUCCACAAGUACCCCCUAAAUGGGGUUUGAACUUGCCGCCAGAAAAGUACUGUCUCACUGCUCGUGACUUUACUGACUUGGAGGAGGACGAACAACCGUCGAAAAAGAUGCGUAGCUAA